UCUCCCCGAAGUCUUCUAUAUCGACUUUGUAUUUCAAAUUUCAACUCGGUGUAAGUUUCAGCUUUUUAAACACUGAAAGUGAUAAUCACUCUCGCGAGCUUCAAGUCUUUUACCACCAUUGCCUCUUUCGAUGCCUAACAUCUCUUCGAAUUCAAACCAUUCAGUCUAACCCAUUCUCCAGCCACAUCCACAAUGCCUUCCAAGCAAGAAAUCAUCGACGAGCGCAAAGCCAACCUGCCUCUCCCCGAGCAACCUCCACAUGCCUCGGACUGGAAUUCCCUGGAUGAGCGAACCGUCAAUGUCGGUUCUGGAGGUGUUUCAGCUGACAUCUCAAGCUCCGAUUCUUUGAGGGGCCCUGCGGCUGCAGACAGCGAUGUCCGGGUCGACGGUGAGGAGUACAAGUCUAACACUGUUGGUCGUGGUGCUGGUCGUGAGGGACAGGACAACCUAGGAGGACUCCCGAACGAUGCGAUUUCGAGGGACGCGAAGAACAAGUCGGCGACGGUGGAUACGACUGGAAAGGACUACGGGUACCCACAGAAGAGCGACCCUAGCUCAGGCUUGCAGUAAGCCGCUAUUUGAAUGACUUUUGAGAGUGUACAUUUGCGCUCAGGGACUUCAUGAAGCUUAGUCAUU